UGAACGGUGUCGUGACAACAACAGAGAGCGCCCUCUCUCUCUCUCUCUCUCUCUCUCUCUCUCUCUCUCCCUCCCUCCCUCUCUUUCUCUGUCUCUCUCUGUAAUAGUUUUUUUUCUCCGUUUACGCGUUGUUUGCCGUUAUCGUUGAUAUGACGUCAUGUGUGCAGCGGCUCGUGACGUCCGUCCUGGAGGAGUUCGCGGUGAGCGCCAGGACAGAGAUCUGCCAGAGACUAGGGACAACGUCACACAGUGAGGAGCAGCUGCUGGCUUUGAUCAGGAGGUUCUGUGAAGUUCUGCUGAUGCAGCUGAGGAAGCUGCUGGACCUGAACCAGGACCUGCAGCAGAAUCUGAACCAGGACCUAAACCAGCACCUGAAGGAGGAUCUGAACAAGGACCUGCAGCAGGAUCUGAACCAUUACCUAAACCAGGCUCUGAACCAAGACCUGAAACAGGGUCAGAAUACAAGGGAGCUGGAUGGUGAUCCUCAGGUAGCUGUCAGAGGUCAAUUAGAUGGUACACAAAAUGACCCCAGCCAAUCAGAACAGACUUGUGUGGCUGACAGGGGGCAAAGCUUCAGUUGUAGCGUCUGCUUUCGCAGCUUCUCCAGACGUACCAACCUUGUCACUCACCUCAGGGUCCAUAGCCGAGAGCAGCCCUUUACCUGUUCCGAAUGCGGGCGGGGCUUUUCUGCAAGCAGCAGCGUCCGGGUCCAUCAGCUUAUUGUCCAUGGCUGCCAGCGUCCAUUCCGAUGCACUCAUUGUGGGAAACUGUUCGGUACUCGCAGCCACCUACAGACACACCAGUCGUCCAGCGGCUCGCUGGCAUGUUCGUCAUGUGGGGAGAUGCUUCUAUCAAGAUGUUGCCUCAGACAGCACCAGCUGACUUGUCAGAGUACAGACAGGAAGUUCAGGUGCCGAGAAUGCGGGAAAGAGUUUUCCAAACGCAGUUACCUGUCUGCUCACCGGAGGGUGCAUCUGAAGAAAAAAACGUUUAAAUGUACCACUUGCAAUAAGGGGUUCACCACACAUCGCAGUGUCCAUGUGCACCAGCUGAGUGUGCAUCGAAGAUUGAAGCCUUUCGCCUGUGGCGUCUGCAGGAAGGCAUUCAGCCAGCAGGGUGGCCUCAGAGCGCACAUGAGGACACACUCAGGUGAGCGACCAUAUGUCUGUGAGCAGUGUGGUAACAGAUUCUCCAGUCGCAGCAGUCUGACAAUUCACCGCCGUGUCCACACUGGAGAAAAGGCCUUUGCUUGUGACACCUGUGGGAAGAGCUUUAGCCUCUCUGCCAACCUGCGCCGCCACCGCCUCAUUCAUUCAGGGCACCGCCCCUUCACCUGUGACAUUUGCGGCCGAAGCUUCACGCAGGCAGGGCACCUGAAGGUACAUCGUGCUAUUCACAGCUCACAGUGGGCGUUCAUCUGCAACGCCUGUGGAAAGGGCUUUAGACAGCGCAGUGCACUGUUGCUGCAUGAGAGGCGGCACACUGGCAUCAAACCACACAACUGCAUUGAGUGUGGAAAAAACUUCACUUCAUCCGUGUCACUCAAACGCCACCUGCUGGUUCACAACGGGCAGAAAACGCACACCUGCAGUGAGUGCGGAAAGAACUUUACCACUGCCCAUGUCCUGAAAACGCAUCUGCGGCUGCACGGCACCCACAAACUCUUCUCCUGCGAUGUUUGCAGUCGUAGCUACAGCUCACUCAACUACCUGAAGACACACCGGCGCAGUCACUCGGAAGGGAACCCAUUUAGCUGCUCUCAGUGCGACAAAACCUUCUCCACACAGGCAAGCGCCAACCUGCACCAGCGCACGCACACUGGCGAGAAACCUUUCAUCUGUGAGGUCUGUGGGAAGAACUUCAGCGUGUCGCAGAACCUCAUCCGACACAAACGCAUCCACAGUGGGGAGAAGCCAUUUGAGUGCAGCGUUUGCAGGAAGACAUUCAGUCAAAACAACAAUCUGAAGACACACCUGCGUGUCCACACGGGACAGAAACCAUUCAGCUGCACUUCUUGCUGCCGCAGCUUCGCCGCCAUGAGGAGCCUCCGUGAGCACAAGUGUGUCCCUGCUAACUAGGACCUGGUGUCGAACUUUGUGGUGUUGACUGAACACCCUCUGUUUUUCUAAAAAGAAAAAGUGUUAAAAGUUAUCAUACUAUUUCAAAGUUCAACAGUUUAGUUUAAUCAGUGAGCCAAUAAGAAUGCAGCUUGCUGUUUGAACCAGGACUUAACAGUGCUGAUGAAUAGCUGUCUUGAAGCUGGCAAGAUGUUAUAGUGAGUAUGUUUAGGGAAUUAAUCUGUCGAGAUUAAGUCGACGCAAUAAAUAAGUCAGUCAGUCAGUCAUCAUCUACCGCUUUAUCCUCCACCAGAGGGUCGCGGGGGGUUCUGUGCCAAUCUCAGCUACAUCGGGCGAUAGGCGGGGUACACCCUGGACAGUUGCAAUAAAUAAGUAAUAGAAUAAAAAAGUUGCUCCAUGUUUGACUUUGUUGACAACCUGUUGAAGUCACAGCAGUGCUAAGAUGUUAGCAGUUAAUAUUAAAGAAGCCAUAGCAUGGUCCUAUCUCACUUAUAUGUGAGAUAUGGAGGUGUAAAUGUCUCAUCACUGACACUCUUGUCAGCCGCACUGUUUCAGACCAAAACCACACCCACAGAACAUGGACUGUCUUGUGAUUGGCCAGCCAACGAGAGCUUUCCCACUGCCAGUUGCCUGGAAGUGAUGUAAUUGGCACAUCAGCUCUCAGACCCACAGCUCCCCCUCUGAGAAGGCGGAUGCACCACUAGCAAUUAUCAAAACAUUGAGUAAUGCUGUCAUCACGACCCCUCGCCGUAAUCCCUUACACAUUUGAUCCGGAGUCUGACCCAGAGUCAGAAGACACUGUGUCAAGUGAACCACCUCCAUCGCAAAGACUGCUGCAGGACGCCUGUAGCUUGGAUAACGUUGUGGUUACCGAGAUGAUAAACACACAUACAUGCAAAUGAAACACGAGCAAAUGCGUGUAGCUAAUGCUAAACGACAGAACAAGCACACAAAGUUUUAAGGUUUGUAAAUAUUGUAAUACACGUUAUUAUAGCAGCUCAGCCUAAAACUUCCGCUACUGAGGUUUCUAACUCCGGAUAACCUGGUUGACGCGCUUUGCCUUGGCGAUCACUCUUUUGAACUCUCUGACUGAAUGUCCACGCUGUUCGUUUAGUUGCAAUAUAUUGGCUUUAUUGCUGUGCGUUUUCUUUGCAUAAGGAAAUUCCAUCAAACAAUCCAAAACAGUCAUGAGAAGCGCCUCCGCGGUACAGCGGUCGAAAACCGUUUGCCCUUCCGGUUCAAAAACCUGACAAUGACAGUGAUAAUGCCACCUAUAUACACCUGAGCUCCCCCCUCUGGGGGCACAGCGACCCCACACACACAUUGAGUGAAUUACACCAAACCUCAGAACACAAUUAAAACACAUUCGGCUCCUAUACACGUAUUGUUGACACUGCUCCUUCCUUAAGGUGAAGUUUGGUGCUGUGUCCUGCUUUAUAUUGCAGAAGUUUGUGUAACAAUCCUCUGUGAAGUGGUUGCCGCAUACAUGGAGGUAUUUGGGAAAUGUAGCAUGGAUAUUCCCAUCAAAUAUGAAAGAUAUCCAAAGAUAUCCUUUUCUUUGCUCAUUGGUGGGAAAUGGAGCGUCUGGUAUUGUUUAUCACAAACACUCGCUGAACCUUUUUUCGACAUGUUCUCAACCGAUACGCUCAGCAGCUACAGCGAGAGUAGUUCUUCUACGGUUGAAAGUACGUCACCGGAUGUGCCCGGACUCUCGUGCCCAGACUAGGAGGCGCCGCUGUUUACAGGAGUGGUGAGAUUCGCCAGUGACGUAAUUAGUCAACGGAAGUGCCUUGCCACUUUGUAGAGCUCAGGAAAUCAAUAAAACUCUAUGCUCUCAGUAGUGGCUGAAAUGAUUUUUAUGGACUUUUAGGGCUUCAUAGACAAUGUAAUGACGCAGAUACACACCCAAACACAACGUUAAUUGGCUCUUCCGGGCUAUGGCCUCUUUAAUACUUGAAUCACAUGUUAGUACGUUCAUUUUUCAGUCAUUCCUUACACAUAAACAACGCCCUGAACUCAGAUUUCCAUUUCCAAAACUCACGUACCCCAAGUUAGGAUUCUGAGAUGAGACUUUGGAAAUACAUAUAUUUGUGUAUAUAUAUACAUAUAUAUAUACACAUGUAUAUAUAUAUACAUAUAUAUGUAUAUAU